AUGAAGAGUUGGGGUCUUCUUCUGGUCGCUGCUUUAGCGUUAAGUGGCAGUUAUGGAGUGGAUAGGAAUAAUUUUAAGACUUGCGACCAGUCUGGUUUUUGCAAGCGGUUACGGGGUUUUAAGCCGGAAAAGUCGGAGUAUACUCUUAAUUUAGACACUGUAUUAGUACACGGAAAUGUAUUAUCGGCCGAAGUUGACACCGUGGACACCUCGACCCAGGAAAGGAAGGUUUUGUGGCACUAUGCUAUGAGACUAUCAGCUCUGGUGGAUGGCACAUUCAGGGUGGAAAUAGAUGAGGUGGAUCCUCUGUAUCCAAGGUACAGGACCCAGCUUGCACUCAACGGAGAUCCCAAGGCUGAUGGCCUAAAACUGCUUUCAAACGAAAACGGAAAGCUGACCCUUGCAAACAGCCAGGGACAUAAAGUGGUGAUUACAGCGGCACCACUGAAGAUAGAGUUCCUGAACCAGGCCGGAGACGUGGCAGUGGUGCUGAACGACAAUGCUCAGCUGGUUGUGGAACCGCUCCGAGUUAAAAAGGAAAGGAUUGAUGAUGAGGAUGGGAAUGCUGUGGAAGUUGAGGAAGAAGGUACUUGGGGCGAGAGUUUCAAGUCCCACCACGACAGCAAGCCUCGUGGUAACGAAGCCGUGUCUCUGGACUUCAGCUUCCCAGACGCUGACAAUGUUUAUGGUAUUCCGGAACAUACGGAUAAAUUCGCUCUCAAGACAACGACCUCUGGCGAGCCCUACCGUCUGUUCAACUUGGACGUGUUCGAGUAUGAACUGGACAGUCGCAUGGCUAUCUAUGGAGCCGUUCCUGUAUUGUAUUCUCAUGGUCCGAAGCACAGCGCAGGUGUGUUCUGGCACAACUCAGCUGAGACAUGGGUGGACAUAGUCAACUAUGCGGACAGUACCGUGGUCUCCUCGCUCGUUAACCUUGUCACUGGGGGACAGAAGCGCCGUGUUGAUGCCAGGUUCAUAAGUGAGUCGGGCAUUGUAGAUGUGUUCGUGUUCCUGGGAGAGAAGCCAUCAGACGUGUUUCGUCAGUACGUCAUGUUGACUGGACCUGCGCCAUUGCCUCCUAAAUUCUCUUUAGCGUACCACCAAUGCCGCUGGAACUACGUGGACGAGGCGGACGUGAGGUCCGUCGACAAUGGGUUCGAUGAACAUGACAUACCUGCCGACGUCAUCUGGCUAGAUAUCGAGUACACCGACAGGAAGAAGUACUUCACAUGGGACCCCCUAAAGUUCCCGAACCCCGCAGAGAUGAUCGCCAACCUGACGUCCAAGGGUCGGAAACUGGUCACCAUCAUAGACCCCCACGUCAAGAGAGAGGCAGGCUACUUCCUCCAUGAAGACGCUACUGAUCUUGGAUACUAUGUUAAGGAUAAAGAUGGGAAGGAUUAUGAAGGUUGGUGUUGGCCUGGUUCCUCGUCAUACCCUGAUUUCUUCAACCCGGUUGUAAGCAAGUAUUACUCGGAGAGGUACUCGUUCGAGAACUUCCCUGGGACCAGCAAGGAUGUACACAUUUGGAAUGACAUGAACGAACCAAGUGUAUUCAACGGUCCAGAGAUCACGAUGCCGAAGGACUGUCGCCACUACAAGCCGCCCCAGGACGGGAACGACGGACUCGCUGCUUACUGGGAACACAGACACGUGCACAACGAGUAUGGUCUGUGGAACAUCCGCGCGACCCACGAGGGCAUGCUGCAGCGCGCAGACAGCAAGUACAGGCCCUUCAUACUCACUCGCUCCGCCUUCGCCGGCACUCAGAGAUACGCGGCAGUAUGGACGGGCGACAACAUGGCGGAGUGGGGCUUCCUGGCAGUGAGUGUACCGAUGUGCCUGUCUCUGGCCUCGGCCGGUAUCAGCUUCUGCGGCUCCGAUGUAGGAGGGUUCUUCAAAUAUCCUGAGGCUGAGCUCAUGACGAGGUGGUAUCAGGCGGGCGCGUUCCAGCCGUUCUUCCGCGCGCACUCCCACAUCGAGACCAAGCGGCGCGAGCCGUGGCUCUACGACCCCGCCACCACCGCGCUGCUACGGGACGCCAACCGCAGGAGAUACGCGCUCCUCGACUUCUGGUACACGUUGUUCUACGAGCACUCAGUGGACGGGCUGCCCGUGAUGCGCGCGCUGUUCCAGGAGUACCCCAAGGAGGAGGACACAUACACCAUCGACGACCAGUACCUGCUCGGAAACAAACUCCUAGUCCGUCCAGUAGUGGAGCCAGGAGUGAGCAAUGUGAAGGUGUACCUGCCCGGGUCCGCAACCCGCACCCUCUGGUACGACGUCGACACUUACCACGCAUACCCAGCCAAUGGAUACCUAACCUUCGAUGUUACGCUCUCUAAGGUGCCAGUGUUCCAGCGCGGCGGCGGUAUAGUCGUCCGCAAGGAGCGCGUGCGGCGCUCGUCCGCGCUCAUGGCCGACGACCCCUACACCAUCGUCGUCGCACUCGAUGCCAAUGGCACAUCAGAAGGCUCGCUGUACAUUGACGACGGAGAGACGUACGAGUACAGGAACAACAAGUACAUCUAUGCCAAGCUGGCGUACGAGCCCAGCGCUAUGACUUACUCCUUCGUAAACGAUAAAGCGAGCUACCCAACCCGAUCCUGGGUGGAGCGCAUAGUCAUCGCCGGCAUUAAGAACCCUCCUAAGACCGCCAAGCUGGUCCAAGGGGAGAAGCAGACAUCUCUACAGAUGACGCUGCACAAAGGGAACGACGUGCUCGUGGUCCGCAAGCCGGCCGCCAGUAUGGCGCAACCUUGGAAAAUCAUCUUUAGCUAUUAA